GCUACCGGCGUAGUAAGUUAGCUGUAAUGUCGUAAUGUACAUGUUAUGUUUGAAAAAGUGUAUUACUUAUAGCAAUACAUGGGUUUAGUUAAACAUAAAUGGUAUCGUUUUAUUUUAUGUACAACAGUUAUCGCAUCUUUAGGCGUCUGCUACCUCAAACUACAGUCACUGUCAAACUCCAAAGGAUCAAUGAGUGAACAUACACUGGAAUAUUUCGUCAACAAAGGGACGAUACAAACAAAAGAUGCUGCUGAUAUUGAGUGGUAUCAUGCAGCAAACAGUAAGAGCAAACUCACAGAGGCUCUACAAGGCUCUGCACAGAUGAUUGAAGCGGAUAUACUUCUCAGGGGUCGAGAUCCAAAAGACCCCAUUAUGGCUCACCCACCUGACAAUGACAGUGAUAUAGCUCUGCAGGAUUGGCUUAAAGAAGUUGUGAAAUCAGACAAAGGAAUAAAAUUGGAUUUCAAAAGUCUGGCAGCUGUAUCCCCGUCUAUGAUUCUGCUCGAAGAGGUCCGAGAUCAGCUGCAGGGUCCCGUGUGGAUCAAUGCUGAUAUUCUCCCUGGCCCUGGUGGCAAAGCCACCCCUCUGGACCCUCAUGUGUUUCUACAGGAAGUGGCUCAAAGAUCAAAAAAUGAUGUUCUUUCUUUGGGUUGGACCACUGGAUUUGAUGUAAAUGCGGACAAUCCUGGUUAUAGCUGGGAGAUGGUUCAACAGAUGGAAGCAUUAUGCGGAUCCCUAAUGCAGCCAGUCACAUUUCCAGUCCGAGCAGCUCUCCUUCCUGUGUCCUUCCCACAGUUCCAGUGGCUUUUGAAGCAGUCAGACCGGUACAGCCUAUGGACAGGGCAACAUGAUAUUCUUAAAGUGGAGGAUCUGGUGCUCUACAGGCAAAACUUCAGCAAAACCAGGAUCUACUAUGAUCUGUUAGAAUCUCAGAUGAAACAGUUUAAAGGACUACCCGGCUACUCCUAAAAAAGCAAGUACUGUAACAUAAGUUGCACCUCAAAUGAAACACUAUACAUUAUGUACUUGUACACUGUGUACUUACGCACUAUGUAUUAAACCAUGCAGUGUAUGAAUUUGAGCCUCUUCUCUUCCAAUAUGUAAUUAAAGCUACAACAGUUGAGUGCAUAAAGUAUCCAACAUUCCACAUUUAAUUUUUUCAGUUAGUUAAGUGCAUCAUCCUGGUAUUUAAAGUGCACUUUUUCUUUUUGGAAUUUUCAGUGUGAACAGUGUGAAAUUUCUGACUAUGUCUAUAGAUGCAUCCCAGUUCACAUAUUUGCGCACCAUACUUUUUUUUUUUUUUUUUUUUAAGUAUGGUGUGAUUCAUCUACGCAUCUAUAGACAUAGUCAGAAAUUUUAAGGUUUAAUUUUAAGGUUUCUUUAGUUGUUAUGCUUAAUUAACCCAAUCAUGUACAAAGAGACACAAAUACAAUUUCAGAGAAAUCUAUAUUUUUGUAAUUUACAUUUGCCUUUUGUAACAUUUUGUAUAUUUGCAUUUUAUUUUCACAAAUGCAUAAUAAAUUUAUGGAAAA